CUUAUUUUAUCGAAGCGUCUUCUAAAGGUGCCGAAGUUUUAAGUUUUAAGAAAAUGCAAGCUAUAAAGUGUGUCGUGGUUGGUGACGGAGCUGUGGGUAAAACCUGUCUCCUGAUCAGCUACACCACAAAUGCCUUCCCUGGAGAGUACAUCCCCACCGUGUUUGAUAAUUACUCAGCCAACGUGAUGGUGGACAGUAAACCAGUGAAUCUGGGACUGUGGGAUACAGCUGGGCAGGAAGACUACGACAGGCUCCGACCCCUGUCAUACCCACAGACGGAUGUUUUCCUCAUCUGUUUCUCCCUCGUGAGUCCAGCAUCGUUUGAGAACGUCAGAGCCAAGUGGUACCCAGAGGUGCGACACCAUUGCCCUUCCACACCAAUCAUCCUGGUUGGCACCAAGCUGGAUCUGAGGGACGAGAAAGAGACCAUUGAGAAGCUGAAGGAGAAAAAACUGGCUCCUAUCACCUACCCACAAGGCUUAGCUCUGGCUAAGGAAAUAGAUGCUGUAAAAUACCUGGAGUGCUCUGCUUUGACUCAGAGGGGUCUGAAGACGGUGUUUGAUGAGGCCAUUCGUGCUGUGCUCUGUCCUCAACCCACCAAAGUCAAAAAGAAGGGAUGUCUGCUGCUUUAAGAGCCCUUCCCCUGCCGGACUUUCAGUGCACAACAGGUCCAACUGCAGCCCAAAGAUUGUCUGUCUCUCCCCAUCCUGAUGGAGGGAAACCAAUUUCUGCUGGAACCCCAUGUGUCUAUAUUCCUUUAAACCUUAAAAGAUUAUAUCUGAUAAAACAGUGCCACAAGUAUGAACCAUGGCCGCGGCAACAUAUUUAAUGGAAAUGAAUAGUUUAUUAUGAGAGUGAUAUGUUUUGAUGAUUAUUAUGUUUUUAUCAGUACAGUGGAGUGUGUCGUAUCAAAGCUGUGCCACAUUCCUGUUGCAUAUUCUCUUAUCAUUUAUUUUUCAUGAAAGAGUAUAAAA